GUGUCAGCAGUGGACUCCUUGGAGGGUCCCCUUCUUCAAGUGGAGGGAUUGAGUGAUCUGAGACUGGAGCUCCACAGUAAGAAGAUGAACAUGCACUUAGUCUUGAUAGACGAAUUACACCGUCAUCUCUACAUCAAAUCUACUAACCGAGUAGGACAACGCAGCAGGGAGAAAGGAAGAAUAAGCUCACUUGUGAAAGAUACUUCUCCUGUGCCUCUUAUGGAUGUUACUAACUUGUCUACACCUCGAAAGUUCCUUGAAACUUCCCAGUUCAAUACUCCUGGAAGCUCCAGCAUGCGAGAAACAAGCCUUCUGGAAAUUAAAGAAGAUAUGGAACUGGAUCCAGAGGAGAACAGCGCCGUCUUCAUGGGCAUACUCAUCAAAGGGCUGGCCAAGCUGAAAAAAAUCCCUGAAACGGUGAAAGCCAUCCAGGAUCGCUUAGAACAAGAACUCAAGCAGAUUGUGAAGCGGUCCACAACCCAGGUGGCAGACAAUGGUUACCAGAGAGGGGAGAAUCUUUCGCAGGAAAAUCAGCCUCGGUUACUGCUGGAGCUGCUAGAGCUUCUCUUUGACAAAUUCAACGCUGUGGCUGCUGCGCACUCUGUGGUCCUUGGACACCUUCAGCAAACAGUGGCCUCUCCCUGCAGCCAGUAUGACGGUGAUAUCAAGCUCUACGACAUGGUUGAUGUGUGGGUGAAGAUCCAAGAUGUCUUGCAG